AUGGCGGCUUCUGUCGACAACCGCCAAUUUGGCUCUCUCCAGCCACCGCUUAAUGGCGUCGUUCGCUCCUUCAAAUCCGGUCCCAACCACCGGUCCGACUCCCCCGUUCGUGGAUGCAACUUCCCCAAUUCCAACAUUAACAAUCGCCUUCUCAAGAGCUCCGUGAAGAUGGAACAGGAGGAAGAAGAUGAUGAUUCGUGUAGUGAAGACGAGAACGAUAACAACGAGCUUCGUGAAUUGAUCAAGAAGGGGAACCGUGAACUGGAACCGUCGACUGUGGACCCUAGAGAUGAAGGGACGGCUGAUAAUUGGAUCGAGCGGAACUCUUCCAUGGUCCGUCUCACAGGGAAGCACCCCUUCAACUCGGAGCCACCUCUCAAUCGUCUGAUGCACCAUGGGUUCAUAACCCCAGUCCCACUACACUACGUGCGUAACCACGGAGCAGUCCCUAAGGCCAAGUGGAGCGACUGGACAAUCGAGGUCUGUGGUCUGGUCAAACGGCCCACUAAGUUCAGCAUGGACCAACUGGUGAACGAGUUCCGGUUCCGAGAGUUUCCAGCCACGCUAGUGUGCGCAGGAAACCGGCGAAAGGAGCAGAACAUGGUGAAAAAGAGCAUCGGGUUCAACUGGGGAGCGGCGGGAGUUUCAACGUCAGUAUGGAGGGGGGUCCCACUGCGAGAGGUGUUGAAACGGUGUGGGAUUAUGAGCAGGAAGAAGGGGGCGCUGAAUGUGUGCUUUGAAGGGGCUGAGGAUCUGCCAGGUGGGGGAGGGUCCAAGUACGGAACUAGUAUCAAGAAAGAGCUGGCUAUGGAUCCGGCUAGGGACAUCAUUUUAGCGUAUAUGCAAAACGGAGAGCAGUUGGCACCGGACCACGGGUUUCCUGUGAGGAUGAUAAUACCGGGAUUCAUCGGUAGAAUGGUCAAGUGGCUUAAACGCAUCAUCGUUACAACCAAAGAAUCAGAGAACUAUUACCAUUUCAAGGACAAUAGAGUCUUGCCAUCCCAUGUAGACGCUGAGCUGGCUAACGCCGAAGCAUGGUGGUACAAGCCGGAGUACAUAAUCAACGAGUUGAACAUCAACUCAGUCAUAACAACUCCAUGCCAUGAGGAGAUUCUGCCUAUCAACUCCUGGACCACUCAGAGGCCCUACACCUUGAGAGGCUAUUCUUAUUCCGGUGGCGGAAAGAAGGUGACACGUGUGGAGGUGACAAUGGACGGUGGAGAGACAUGGCAAGUGUGCACGUUAGACCAUCCAGAGAAGCCAAACAAAUAUGGAAAAUACUGGUGCUGGUGUUUCUGGUCCUUAGAGGUGGAGGUUCUAGACCUGCUUGGCGCUAAAGAAAUUGCAGUACGUGCUUGGGAUGAAACUCUCAACACUCAACCUGAGAAACUCAUAUGGAACCUUAUGGGAAUGAUGAAUAACUGUUGGUUCACCGUGAAAACCAACGUAUGCAAACCUCACAAGGGAGAAAUCGGAAUCAUCUUCGAACACCCAACGGUUCCCGGCAACCAAUCCGGUGGAUGGAUGGACAGAGAGAGACAUCUAGAAAUAUCCACCGAAUCAAACCAAACCCUAAAGAAGAGUAUCUCCACUCCAUUCAUGAACACUGCCUCCAACACUUACUCCUUAUCCGAAGUCAAAAAACACAACUCCCCUCAAUCCGCCUGGAUCAUUGUCCACGGCCAUGUCUACGAUUGCACACGCUUCCUCAAAGACCACCCCGGCGGCUCCGACAGUAUCUUAAUCAACGCCGGCACCGACUGCACCGAAGAGUUCGACGCCAUUCACUCGGACAAAGCGAAGAAAAUGCUCGAGGAUUACCGAAUAGGAGAGUUGAUCACCACCGGCUACGCUUCCGACUCCUCCUCCAACUCCCCUAACAACUCCACUCACGGGGCCUCCAACUUCUCCCAUUUAGCGCCCAUCCGAGAAGCCCCAAUGGUGACAAGACGCGCGGCACUGGCCCCUAACGAAAAGAUCCCCUGCAAGCUGAUUUCCAAAACCGAAAUCUCGCACGAUGUGCGUGUAUUCAGAUUCGAACUGCCCGGCGGUCAGGAUCAGGUACUUGGGCUGCCCGUGGGCAAGCACAUUUUUAUAUGCGCAAAAGUGGACGGCAAGCUUUGCAUGAGAGCCUAUACGCCCUCUAGCACCGUAGACCAGAUGGGCUACUUCGAAUUGGUCGUCAAGGUGUACUUCAAAAACGUGCACCCCAAGUUCCCCAACGGGGGGAUCAUGUCACAGUUCUUGGACAACAUGGAAGUGGGUUCGACAGUGGAGGUUAAGGGUCCGUUGGGCCACAUCGAAUACACCGGACGUGGAAACUUUACGGUCCAUGGGAAACCCCGGUUCGCGAAGCGGCUUGCAAUGCUGGCAGGUGGGACCGGAAUAACUCCGAUAUAUCAAAUUGUGCAGGCGAUUUUGAAGGACCCGGAGGACGAGACGGAGAUGUUUGUUGUGUAUGCGAAUCGGACGGAGGAUGAUAUUUUGCUGAGGGAGGAAUUGGACACGUGGGCGAAGAAGAACGAGCGUUUGAAAGUAUGGUACGUGGUGCAGGAGAGUAUUAGAGAAGGGUGGGAAUAUAGCAUUGGGUUUAUUACGGAGGAAAUAACGAGAGAGCAUCUACCGGCAGCGGCGGAGGAUACUUUGGCUUUGGUUUGUGGGCCGCCGCCGAUGAUUCAAUUUGCAGUGCAGCCCAAUCUGGAGAAGAUGAAUUACGACACCAAGAAUUCCAUGUUGGUGUUUUGA